AUGGCCAUCGUCGGCAGCUCAUCAAUUUCUUCUUCAACCAUCUCGGCAAUCACCGAAAAUCUGGGAUACAAGCAAGCACAACGGAAGAAGAGAAUACCGUGUGAUCUGAUACGACCGCAUUCAAAGGCCUAUCGCAAAUUGGGAGAAAGAGAGGGGAGAACAAAUGGGGAGAGGCAAAGCUGUAUCGAUACCGUAUUUGAAGGGAUCUGUUAUUGCGCGGCACUACCGGCAGCGCCCUUGUCGAUGCUCCUGUCUGGGUGACGACGAUGAGCACGCCAAUUAGGAUUGCUUGGGAGAUCUUCUACGAAUGUUUCGAGGUAAACUAAAAGACUCAAUAAACUAUUGCCGGGGAGAGAGAGUAGCAUCGCGAAACCAACUGUGGAGAUAACUCCCCUUGGCCAAGUGCGGUGGACCUCGAAUCCUAGUCAGUCAAACAGAUGCUUUCGUCACUCUUCACCUUCACACAGUACUUGAGUACUGGUGCACGAGCACAGCCCCCCCGCAAAAGCUUGGGUAGUCGUGGAAGCCCUGAGAAAACUCUUGUGCAACCCACGGAAGCCCGACCGAGCUCUCUAUUCUCCCAUGCAUUCCGAGUGAGAAACCCCGGAACAAUCUGCCGUGGACAGCAACUUCUUCCUUCCCUCCUUCCCUCCUUCCCGCUUUGCAGCAACCGCAGCGGAACUUCAACUUCAAUCGCUACACUACAGGCAAUGUUAAAAGUAAAGACAAAAAGGGGCUACGAAGAAGCAAACCUUACGUCAGAAGUGCCAGAAAAUUCGAAUUCCCUCUACAAAUCAGGGCAAAGCAGCUCGUCCGAAAUCACUAAAUAUCCCUCAAGACCUUCCUUCCUCCUAUCUAUCCGGGUCACGAAUUUCGGUCGCUUGAAACGGAAGUGGUGGUGAUCCGAAACGGUGCCAGCCUAGGUGGGCCGUGCUGUAGCGCCGCCUUACAGGCAUUGUCUACUUGUACGCUGCUCGGCACUGUUCCCAAAAGUGUCUCUUUUUCGCAUAGUGAGCGAGCGCUUUUUGCCGGGAGCUUAUGGAAUCUAAGGCAGGGUAAGGGGAGAGCUUCUGG